ACCCUUAAAGCAGAAUUUCAGUUGAGCCACUCUUGUAAAACCCUAGAGGUUGCGGCGGAGCAGUCUCCACUUCUAUAAAACAACUUCUCUGGUCCAGUACGACGGAGUUUUGGUGUAAGCCAACCAAAUAUGUUGCUUCUAUUUGAAACACCGGCCGGUUUUGCCCUUUUCAAGGUUCUCGAUGAGGGAAAACUUUCCAAAGUCGAGGAUUUGGGGAAAGAAUUUGCCUCCCCUGACUCCGCUAGACAGAUUGUCAAGCUGAAAGCAUUCUCUAAAUUUGAGAAUACUGCGGAGGCAUUGGCUGCUACUACCCAACUGAUAGAUAGCAAACCUAGCAAAGACCUGCGGAAAUUCCUGCGUAGCCAUUGUGAUGGAGACAUUUUAGCUGUCGCGGAUUCUAAACUUGGGAACUCAAUCAAAGAGAAGCUUCAAAUUGAAUGUGUCCACAACAAUUCUGUCAUGGAAUUAAUGAGAGGGGUUAGAAGUCAAUUGAAUGAACUGAUAUCAGGUCUGGCAGCACAAGAUAUGGCUCCAAUGAGCCUUGGUUUAUCUCACAGCCUCUCCAGAUACAAGUUGAAAUUUAGCCCUGACAAGGUUGAUACAAUGAUAAUUCAAGCAAUUAGCUUGUUGGAUGACCUUGACAAAGAGUUGAAUACAUAUGCAAUGAGGGUCAGGGAGUGGUAUGGAUGGCAUUUUCCCGAACUUGCGAAGAUUGUGCAAGACAACAUCCUCUAUGCAAAGUCUGUGAAAUUGAUGGGUUACCGCUCCAAUGCUGCCAAGCUUGAUUUCUCUGAGAUACUUCCAGAGGAGGUUGAGGCUGAACUAAAGGAGGCAGCAGUGAUCUCCAUGGGAACAGAAGUUAGUGAUCUUGAUUUGGAGAACAUAAAAGACCUAUGCAACCAAGUUCUCUCUCUUUCUGAGUACAGAGCUCAACUGUACGACUAUUUAAAGAGCAGGAUGAGCACUAUUGCUCCCAAUCUAACAGCACUUGUUGGCGAACUUGUUGGUGCUCGCUUGAUUGCUCAUGGAGGCAGCUUGUUGAAUCUGGCCAAGCAACCUGGAAGUACAGUGCAGAUUCUUGGUGCAGAGAAGGCACUUUUCAGAGCAUUGAAGACUAAGCAUGCAACUCCCAAGUAUGGGCUUAUCUAUCAUGCUUCUCUUAUUGGUCAAGCUGCCCCUAAGCACAAGGGUAAGAUUUCACGUUCUCUUGCUGCCAAAGCUGCUUUAGCUAUCCGUUGUGAUGCUCUUGGAGAUAGCGAAGAUGCCACAAUGGGUUUGGAGAAUAGAAUCAAGCUUGAAGCCCGAUUGAAGAGCUUGGAAGGGAAAGAACUAAGUCGGUCUGCUGGUUCUGUAAAAGGAAAACCGAAGAUUGAGUUUUAUGACAAGGACAAGAAGAAGGGAUCAGGAGGGAUGAUCACUCCCGCAAAGACUUACAAUCCGGCUGCUGAUUCAAUUCUUGCACUUGCGGAAUCACUCUCCAAGGAUGAUAAAGAAGAAACAGAACUCGUAGUUGCUGAAGAGCAGAAGAAAAAGAAAAAGAAGAGGAGUGAACCCGAAGAUGCCACACCAGACGUAGUUGAUGAGCCAGAAGUUGAAACUGAACCAGCUAAGAAGGAGAAGAAGAAAAAGAGAAAGCAUAUUGAAGAAGCAGAUGAAGAUGGCGAUGCUGAUGCCAGUGAGAAGAAGAAGAAGAAAAAGAAGAGGAAACAUGCUGAAACUGAGGAUGGCGGUGCCAACGAAGCUUCUGCUAAGAAAGAUAAAAAGAAGAAGAAGAAGAGUGCAGACUGAUGCAUGCACAUGAGCAACGGGUCUAAAAUUUUUGUUCCUUGGGGUCUAGAUUUGGUGUUGUGCAUGUAAGUAGAGGGCGGCUUCUUUCUUCGUAAGAUGUUUGUUCGUCCACUAUUGUGACUGUAUUUCUUAGUAUGCUUUGGAUAAUUAAGCUUUUCAAAUGGAAUAUUUUAUUUAUGUUA